AAUAACAUUUGAGGAUGGAAAUUUGGUAAUGAAAGUUCCAGAGUCAAAGGUAGGACAAAUUUUACUAUUAAAGGAAAAUCCAAUUGUGAAAAUACCACAGGCAAUAGAGGAUGCAGUGAUUCCCACGGUAUGGGAAACUGACAUACCUGGGAAGUCAAAGGCAGCUAAACCUGUGAAAGUAGCGCUGAAGGAAGGUGCUGAACCGGUACGAUUAAGACAGUACCCAUUGAAAUUGGAAGCCAGAUUAGGAAUAGUAUCUUUAACUGAGAAGUUUUUGAAAUAUGGAAUUCUAGAGGAAUGUGAAUCAGAAUAUAAUACUCCAAUUUUUCCAGUAAAGAAACCUGAUGGUAGCUAUCGACUAGUCCAAGACUUAUGAGCAAUAAACCAGAUCACUAAGGACAUACAUCCAGUAGUUGCAAAUCCGUAUACCUUGUUAACAUCUGUGAAAGAGAAAUAUAAAUGGUUUACAGUACUUGAUUUAAAAGAUGCCUUCUUCUGCAUACCCCUUGACCAGGAAAGCAAAAAGCUAUUCGCUUUCGAAUGGGAGAACCCACACAACGGGAGAAAAGCCCAAUUAACCUGGACACGCCUUCCACAAGGAUUUAAGAAUAGUCCAACUAUCUUCGGAAAUCAACUAGCCAAAGAACUUGAGGAGUGGACUACGAGAGGCUAUAUCGGAAUUCCUCGACAAUGGUAUUUGUUGCUGCAAUAUGUGGAUGAUAUUCUGAUUGCUGCUGAGACCCAAGAACUUUGCAUACAGGUAACAAUUGGAAUAUUGAAUCAAUUAGGAAUGAAUGGAUAUAAAGUGUCAAAAAAUAAAGCUCAGAUUGCAUCCACAACUGUGAUCUAUCUAGGAUGCGAGCUUUCUCAAGGACAGCGAAGACUAGGUAUAAACCGUGUACAUGCUAUCUGUGCGAUCUCAGAACCGCGUAACUUACAUGAAUUAAGAUCUUUUCUAGGAAUGGCAGGAUGGUGUAGGCUCUGGAUCAUGGACUAUGGACUUAUUGCCAAACCUUUAUACGAGGCACAGAAAAAUAAGACCUUGGUGUGGGAAAGACCACAACAAGAAGCUUUUCGGAAAUUGAAACAGGCUUUAAUGCAAGCGCCUGCUUUGGGCCUACCUGAUCUGAGUAAAGACUUCCAGUUAUUUGUACAUGAACGACAGAGACUUGCUCUAGGGGUAUUAACCCAACGGCUGGGAUCUUGGAAAAGGCCCGUAGGUUAUUUCUCUAAACAACUUGACCCGGUAAGUGCUGGAUGGCCGGCGUGCUUGCGGGCGGUGGCUGCUACCGUGAUAUUAAUUCAGGAAGUCCGGAAACUGACUAUGGGGAAAAAGAUUGAAGUGUUUGUAUCCCACAUGGUGACUACUGUAUUAGAACAAAAGGGGGGCCAUUGGCUUUCCCCAAGUAGAAUGAUGAAAUAUCAGGCAAUUUUAACAGAGCAGGAUGAUGUUAUCCUAAAAACAACUAACCUAAUGAAUCCAGCUGUGUUUUUAAGCGCAGAGACUGAAGAAGAAAAUCUGGAACAUGAUUGUGUGGAGGUCAUUGAAUAUACCCACGCAAGUCGACCUGACCUGAAAGAUACCCCGUUGGAGAAGACGGAUUGGGAGCUUUUUAUUGAUGGCAGUAGUUUUGUGGAAAGCGGAGUGCGGUAUGCAGGAUACGCGAUUACUACUGCCAAAACAGCAAUUGAAGCUAAAUCCCUACCACCAAACACAUCAGCACAGAAAGCUGAGUUGAUAGCCCUAACUAGGGCAUUAGAGCUCAGUGAGGACAAAAGGGUCAAUAUUUGGACUGACUCAAAAUAUGCAUUCGGGGUUGUUCAUGUACAUGGAGCUCUUUGGAAAGAGCGUGGACUACUCUCCUCCCAAGGAACAAACAUCAAGUACCAAAAAGAAAUAUUGAACUUGAUUAAUGCCGUUCAAAAGCCAUCACUGGUUGCCAUCAUGCACUGUAAAGCUCAUCAGAGUGGGACAUCAACAAUUAUUGAAGGAAACCGACUUGCUGAUCAAACAGCCCGAUCAGUGGCACGACGAGUCUGGAUGAUGGUGGGUCUUGUCUCCCAAAAGGUAAGAGCAAUUGAUUUAUUACCUACACCUUCAGAGGCAGCUGAAUAUUCUACAGAAGAUGAGAAAUUGGCAAGACUAGUAAAAGCCGUCAAGGAUAAUUCUGGAUGGUAUGUAACCACCAACGGACAAAUUGUGGUCCCAAUCACAAUUAUGAGAGGGAUACUUCAGGCGGAGCACCAGAAGUGUCAUUGGGGUGCAGAAGCAUUGGUAACUUAUCUAAGAAAACAAAUUAUCUCGGUCCAGAUGUUAACAAUGGCAAAAUCUAUCACAGCUAAGUGUGAAAUUUGCUUGAGAAAUAAUCCUUUAGUUCGAAGAAAAGUAGAUAUGGGAAAAAUUAGGACAGGUGUACAACCAGGGGAUUGUUGGCAGAUAGAUUAUGUGGAACUCCCCAAAACUCGAGGAUUCAGAUAUCUGCUAGUUGGGGUAUGCACCUUUUCAGGAUGGCCAGAAGCCUUCCCUUGUCGCACCAACCAGGCACAAGAAACUGUAAAAUGGUUACUGAAGGAAAUAAUCCCUAGAUUUGGAGUACCAUUGGGAAUAUCAUCUGAUAGGGGACCGCAUUUUAUUGCUCAAGUGGUAAAGGAAGUCAGUAGAUGUUUGGGAAUUAAAUGGGAAUUACAUACCCCAUGGAGACCCCAGUCUAGUGGCCAGGUGGAGAAAAUAAAUCAGACGUUAAAACGACAACUUAGCAAAAUUUGCCAGGAAGCAAAAAUUCAGUGGCCCCAGGCCUUACCAAUAGCGUUAUUGAGAAUUAGGAUUAAACCUAGGAGUGGAAUGUCCGUAAGCCCAUACGAAAUUCUGUAUGGCAAACCAUAUGAAGCACCUGAUCUGAAUCCAAGUGUACAUGUAAAAGGUAAUCAGGAUGUGUACAAUUAUGUGUUGUCUCUUGGCAGGACAUUGAAUCGACUCAGAUCUGUAUUAGUGUGGAAUCGCCCACUAGCACUUGAGAAUCCGGUACAUGAUAUAGAACCUGGAGACACGGUGUAUAUAAAGACUUGGAGAGAAGAUCCUUUAAAAGAACGUUGGGACGGACCUUAUCAAGUACUUUUAACUACAUUUACCGCAAUCAAGGUUGCUGAAAUAGACUCCUGGAUACAUUACACCCGAGUGAAGAAAGUCCCAAAACGGUGGCAAUCACAAUUAGUGGGUCCAACCACACUUAAAAUCACAAAGCAGGAUGUCUAACUCUUGUUACCGUUUUGUUUUUGUAGUAGUUUAUGUACCCAGACUGUAUGCCACACUGAUUUGCAAAGUCACUGGAGAACAAUUAUGUAAAACACGAAGGGCUGUAGGAGAUAGUGACGAUACUCAAAUGCCACAAGUAGUACAGAGUGUACAGAAUCAGGCAGAGAAUCUGAUGAUAGGACUAAUUCGAGAUUUUGCACAAACCCAAAAUGUCAGUAGCAUCACUGCUUGUCUUCCCAUCCCGAAAUCAGCUGAAGAUCCGGUACAGUGGGGAAUAAUAUCUACGACCUUACCAGAAGUAAAUAAGACUGGUAAGAUAGUGUGUGAGUCCCAUACUAAAAUAGAGCAAGUACCAAUUGAACAACAGACAAAAGAGCUUGUUAAGAAUGCCAUGAUAAAGAGAGGUGACUGCUUGAAGUUGCCAGGAGCAACAUUUGUAAAGAUAGGACGAUUUCAUAAUAUUGGGUAUUGCACGUAUGAAAAGUGGACCACCAAAACAGUAUAUGAAAAGGUUGAGCGAGCCUAUUGGGAAUGUAAAGAUCAGGAUAAUCAGAACAUAACUGAAUCAUGGGACAACAUGUGGACAAUGAGUAUAGUACAGCAAUAUCAAUAUAGCGAAGCAUUUCCAUGGUGUAUACGAUGGACCAAUGUAACAAGAGGAGUAACAGUACCAUGGUGGAAUUGCUCUCAGGUAAUGACCUGCCAGACAGAUGUGAAAGAAAUACCUCUGUCCAUCAUUAAAGUUGCAGUAAUCGCAGGUUGCAUUUGCCAGAAACAAUUGGAUCCAAAGGAAGCAGUCAAAAUAGGCAUUGAGGGAGAUAAGAUAGAUUGUAGAGGAACUAUAGGUAGUGUGGGACAUUUGGUUUGGGCCUUAAGUGAUGGAACUUGGACAACACAUUUGCCGAUAGCAGGACCUGUAAGGGAGGCUACUUUGGGGUUACCAACCCUAUGUCCCAUUUGGAAGAGGUCACCCCUGAAGAACAGGCAGGAACUCCUACAAGUUAGGCACAAGCGAGAGAUAGAUGAAGAUGAUGUGUGGCACGAGACAUCAGGUAGUGUUAAAUUCGGCUGGGCAUUAGAAUCUUUCUUUGCACCAAUCGCAGCCUAUAGAAACAGAGAAAUGAUUGACAGAUUAAUUGGACAGAUGGAUCGAUUGGCAAGGGUAACCAAAAAGGGUUUUCGAGAAUUCAAUAUACAAUUGCAAGCUACGACCAAAAUGACUUUGCAGAACAGAAUGGCACUUGACAUAAUGUUGCUAAAAGAAAAUGGGGUUUGUGGAUAUUUAAAAGAUAGGGUUGAUCAUUGCUGCAUUCAUAUCCUAAACGUAACCUCUGAAGUGGAAAAAGAUAUUUCCCAAUUAACCCAAACAGAAAAAGAACUGCAAGCGGAAAAACAAGAUGUAGAGCAGAGCUGGGUUGGGGCCUUGCUAGGCAAAUUGAACCUGAACCUGGGAGGAUGGGUACAUUCGUUAUUGGAGAGUUUAUUUUUGCUUGCCAUUAUAGUUGCUCUUUUCUUUUUGCUCUAUGCUUGUAUUAAGCAUCAAAUAAGUCAAUCAAAGGCAAGGAACGACCGCAUCUUUACUGUCCUUAGCAGAUCCACUUUUGACAACCCUCCAGCUUAUAAGGAAAAUAUAAUGUAGUGAAAAUGCAUUGUCUAGGAAUAGAAAAGCAUUUUCAAAGGGGGGAAAUGUUAUAGUUGAAUUGAAUUUUGUGGGCUGUGUUUUGAUUCUGUAGACCGUAUCCAAGAUUCUUAGCUUUGAUACUGUAUCCAGGUUCAGAAUGUGCAUUCAAGCAUGAUUUUAUAUAAUUAUACCCUAUUCUUGAAAUUGACAUAGAUUUAUGACAUAUUCUUU